AUGGUGUGGAAACGUGGGCCCGUGGCCUACAGCUGCCAUGGGUCCUCCUGGGGAGCCUUCUUUCUGAGCCCUGACCUGUGGCUUUGUUUCCUCUGUGGUUCCCAGUACAGUGCCGUGGACAGCAACCCCCUGUCCCUGUACGUGAUGCAUCCCUUCUGGAACACCAUCGUCAAGAUCUUCCCCACCUGGCUGGCCCCAAACUUGAUCACCUUCUCUGGCUUCCUGCUCCUUGUGUUCAACUUCUUCCUCAUGGCAUACUUCGACCCGGACUUCUACGCCUCUGCUCCUGACCACCAGCACGUUCCCGACGGAGUGUGGAUCGUUGUGGGGCUCCUCAACUUCAUGGCCUACACGUUAGAUGGAGUUGACGGGAAGCAGGCGCGCAGGACCAACUCCAGCACCCCCCUGGGGGAGCUCUUCGACCACGGGCUGGACAGCUGGGCCUGCGUGUACUUCGUGGUGACCGUCUACUCCACCUUCGGCCGCGGCUCCACCGGCGUCAGCGUCUUCGUCCUCUACCUCCUGCUCUGGGUGGUCUUGUUCUCCUUCAUCCUCUCCCACUGGGAGAAGUACAACACGGGCAUUCUGUUCCUGCCCUGGGGAUAUGACAUCAGCCAGGUGGUGAGUGCCCAGCCAGCCCCUGGGUUGGGAUGUGCCCACCUGCCACGGGGUGCGAGGGAGGAGCUGGCUCUGCCCGCCUCCAGAGCCUUGUCGGUCGUGGAAUUUUCCCCUUGGAGGUGGAUUCUCCGGGAAAACCGAGGUUUGAAGGGUGGGCACUGCCUUGUCUUUCCUCUCUCCCUGGUUCUCAGCGCGUGUUUUGGCCACCUGAAGUGUGGCUUCGGGCAGGUUCCUGCGUGGCACCGGUGUGGGUGAGUUCCAGGCUGGAUGUUUGGGGUGCCCUUUGGCGCUAGUGGGACAGCUGCCAAAACCACAGCGGGGUUAAUUGGCUCGUUAAUUGCUGUGCCUGGAGCAAAGGUGCCCAGGGAAGUGCCCCCCCAUACCCCAGUGCCUGGGCAGUGGGCGUUGAGACUGA